UAAAAUCCACACACCUAAAGCUACUGCUUCUCGUGUUGUGAUUGCGAAUUUAAAUUCCCGAGUUUGAGAGUUAUCUAAUUCUGUGAUGGUUUAUUACCUAUAAUUCAUCGAAGAAGAUGAUUGACUUGUAAUAUAUGUACUGAAGUUUGCAUAAAGGCGAAAAGCAUUUUCGUGUUUGAAGUGUUCACAAUGUGAAAUGGCAGCAGCCACUCCCUCCCCAGCUUCUGUUUUGACGUCAAGCUGUCUGGCUUCUUCAGUCGCUUGGUCGGACUAGCAAUGACGUCAUCAAAGACAAGCGCAGAAGAGCAACCUCUAUUGACAGGCAACGGUACCAUGGGCAAAGGGCUCAGCUGGGAGAGUAAAGAUCACAGGGACGUGUCUGAAAUUCACAUCCACGUUGACAGCCUGCAUAAUGGUCUCAGCAGGCGAGAAAAAAAUGGCGAUGCCCACGGUUCUCAGGAUGGGACAGUCAAGAUCAACCUACCCCCACCAGAGAGGGAAGAGCCCCGCUUCCCGGCAGAAAAAUUUAAGACCUUCCUAGGAUUUGUGUUCCUGGCCUGCAACAUGGCAUGGACGCUGACUAUUUUGUCUAUAGUGCAUGAGCGCAUGCCAGACAGGACCAAGUACCCCCCGCUUCCAGAUGUAUUUUUUGAUAUAUUCCCCCCAGUGGACUGGGCCUUAGACGUUUCUGAAUUUAUAAUUAUUGUCUCAGUGUGGUUGACUGUACUUAUGAUAAUCAUGCACAAACAUAGGUUUAUCAUCUUAAGAAGGUGUUUUGUAAUAAUUGGCCUCCUAUACUUUAUGCGCAGUAUUACAAUGUUUGUAACUCAAGUCCCUGUUGCUAGCACAACGUAUUAUUGUUCACCAAAAGCCAAUUCGUCAAGCCCUCUUCUCAUUGUGCAAAGAGUUUUUUCUAUGAUGUCAGGUUUUGGAUUAUCCAUAAAUGGAAAACACACAUAUUGUGGAGAUUAUAUAUAUAGUGGGCACACAGUAGUGCUGACUAUGGCAUAUUUAGUAAUUAGAGAAUAUAGCCCAAGGAGGUUUGUUAUUUUUCACUGGAUAGUAUGGCUGUCCAGUUGUACGGGGAUAUUUAUGGUGCUAUUAUCGCGAGGCCACUACACUGUUGAUGUUGUCAUAGGUUAUUAUGUAACUACUAGAGUCUUCUGGAUUUAUCACACUAUGGCUAAUAAUGCCGCUCUCAAAGUACCUGGAACUAAUAAUUUCUUAUCGAAGAUUUGGUGGUUUUCCAUAUUCAACUAUUUUGAAAAGAAUGUGGGUGGUAUUGUGCCUCGGCAAUAUGAAUGGCCUCUUCCCUGGCCCCGCCGGUUUUCAAAACACACACGAAUAUCCUAGCACAGUUGAAUAUGUGGUUAGUAAGGAUGUUACUGAUGUCCUUCAUCUAGCCACAUUACUCUGACAUCAUAAGAACUGCAACCUCUAUCCCCUUUUUCUAUUGGAAAACAGAUCUGAAUUUUCCUACUAUGUGUGCAAAAUUUUGUGAAACACUCAUUACUGAAAGCAUUUGAACUGAAGAAUGUGUGAACUUUUAUUUAAGUCAAGUAAAAUGGAUUUGCCAUUUUGUCUCUUACUGAGAGAUUCAUUCCUUUAUAUACCUCAGAAAAGAAUUUUAACAAAUCGUGAGAGUUAAUUUAUGGAGCAGCUGAGUUUGUUUUUAAUUGUUUUUAAAAAGGCUUUGUUUCGUGCACUGCGCAUGAAAUAUGCAGCUCAUUUAUUAAAACAGUAUAAGUAUUCCAGCGUAAAAAUAGUUUUUAUUUAUUUUUGUUCUGUUAAAUAAAUUCUAAAUAUGAGCGA